CAAACGUUUCAUAGCCUGCACGCAGCACUACCCUUGUAAUUGACUGUGCAAUGGACGAUUCAAAAUCACCCUUGCAGCGCCCGCUAGAAGACAAGAGCCCGCGACUCAUCUAUGUGGACGCGGAGGUGACUACAAUAACUGUUGUUUUCACUGCAAGCUGUUGGUUAACACCCACUCGCAUAUUCUUUUGUUCUCUGCGGCUCUCUAACACAUACCAGUGCUCCAUUCACUGCUGUCAUCGCUGCCUACGGCGGAGCCUGUGAAAGAUAUGCGCAGGACGCCUUCGUACGGAAACCUUCUUGGAGGAAAGUCAAGCUUCGCCAUGAAGAUUCAGCCAAACCUUGAGUUUGUGUUUUGAGUUUGUUUGAGGUUACAAUGAGGAGUUGAGAGCUUCCUAUCAGCCACCUCCUGCCCCUGGUGCUCGCAAGAAGAGGCUUCUUCAUGUGGGCCCAUGGAAAACAGGUUCUUCGGCUAUGCAGUCAUUAUGGUUGCUCAGAGAAGCAGAUUUGAAGGAGCGUGGUGUUGAGUUCCCACCUUCCUUUCGGACAAAGAUGCUUUCUCACUGCCAAAUGGAAUUGGGUGGCAAAGUUCUUUCUAAACGCCGCUUCAAUCCCGAAUUCAAUAUGACCUUUGAGGUGUUAAAGUUUCUGCAGUCUGCGCACAGCAACGGGAUUUUGACUUGCGAAGGUUUCUUUUCGUUGGAACCUGUUCAGUUGACGAUAUUGAAACAGCUGCUGUCCGAUUUCGAUGUCACAGUGGUCUAUGUGUACCGGAGUCCUUUACCAAAGAUGCUUUCGCAAUGGCGUUUCGCCAGCAAACACGAAUCUAUACGAGAGGGCCUUGCAGAAUACUUUUGGACUUCCAGCUGGAACCAGGCAGCAGAUAUCGACAAAUUUAUUGAUGCGUUUGGGCGCGAACACGUGCGCAUUCUGGACUAUGAAGGCGUGUUGCUUGCUGGGGAGAACUUGGCGAAUGUCGCUCUUCAAGUUGUUUUUGGAAACAGUUCAGCGUUGGAGCUUCCAAGCGACAACAUUGUGAACCCUUCCGAAGUACCCACGUACUAUCACAUACGGUCUGUGUUUGGAUACUUUUCAAGCUUUGUGCGCGCUAAGUAUGGGUGCAAGGUGGUGCGGAACAUUUCAUUCAACUACUAGGGUUUGUAUUUAGCGCAAUUUGCGAAGCAGAUUCCUUUGAAGUCGUCUGGUACAGAGCCGCUGUUCAAGGAAGGCGCUUCGGCAUAUGACGCUCAGCUACGGAAGCAAUAUUGGGAUAUCAUCUGGUUUGGCGGACCGGGGCAAAAAGCAAUGAAGUCUUCAAUUCUUCCUCUGUAUGUGCUUGACAUCCCUCGUUUGGAGGACAACUUCGAUUGGUGGGCAUCACGGUUUGAAGAACAGUAUGCCAAACGUGGACAAGCUGGGCAAAUUGAAUGUGCAUAGACAUCAAAAGCUGGAUGGAACGGCAGC